UAUCAUCUUUCUACUUGUCAAUACUAUAGAAAAACGGAAAGACUCCAUUUGAAAAGCUACAUUUUAGGACCACUUACAGUAUUAGCAGCCUGCACACAGGGACAAUAGUUGUUGCGGGAAUGUGGAAUUGGAAAUGUCCGGAACUCGAAUAUGAAGAUGGCAUUUCCAAUUCCAUGUUCAGUAAGCAUGCUGCUCACAGAUACAUUAGUGGCAUCCUCUAGCUACAUACUAUGUGAAAGUGGGAUUAGAAAUGUCAUGAACAUUUAAAUGAAAUUUCUAAUUCCACAUUUCUGCUAGUAGUUACCAGCUGCUACUAAUUUCUCUGUGUGCAGUCUGCUCUAGACAUGGGCUUGACUGGUCACUACCAUAUUGAAUUCUCAAAAUGUUAUUGAGUAUUCAGUAAGUUUUAUUAUUUUUGUUAAUUUCUCAUUUCAAAAGUUCCAAGAUAAGUUAUAAAAAUUUACUUUGCAUAAUUUAUAUUUGGUCGUUGCCAAUGACUGGGGUUUCCAGAUAGGCAGUGUCGGAAUUCUCAAUAAAAAUAACCUACAUGGUCAUUCACGCUGUGGAGGUGAUUGACUCCCAAAAAGAGGUUCACUGUAAAACUCCUGUAGUGAGUAGAGUGGCUUUUCCAGGAGUUUAUUUUUCAAAGUGGUAUAGAACCAAGAGUUCCGUGUUUCCUGAAUUGGUCUAGGAAGGCUGUUAAAAAAUCUUAUUGCCUGCGAAGGAAAGCUAUUGUAAUUCCCCGCCAGUCGGCUCCGGGGCACCUCCAGUCUAGUGGCAUGUCGCAUAUUGUGGCUGUGUACAUCACACCUUUUUUGAAACUGCACCAGGUUCUUCUUGAUAUACAUAAGCGAGCACAAUACAUAUUGACUGUACACUGUGAGUAUCCCAAGAUCCCUAAAUAGUAGCCUGCAGUGAUCCCUGAAGCUGGAAAAUGUCACUAUUCUCAGAGCCUUCUUUUGCAGUAGCAGCACAUCGUGGACAGCUGGUGCGUGACCACACAGGAGCAAUCCAUAGAUGAUAUGGCUGUGAAACAGCGAAUGAUAGGCCAUGACAAGACUUCUCUGAUCCACCACACAUCUCAGCUUACGAAGGAGAGACAAACUACUUUCCAGAGUAUGGAGUACCAUGUUUGUGGGAAAAUUGCAAAAGUAGUUGUUAACAGACUGGAAGAUGUAUCAACAUCGAGACCACAAAUCAAAGUUCAGGUUAAAGUUGAGAAACAGGAAAGUCCUUUUGAUGACAGUUGGAUUGGAGCUGCACGUAGUGAUACAGCUACUCAGCAGAUCAAGAUCGAGAAGCAGGAGGAUGAAUUUGGAGAAUGUGAAUUUGCAGCUAGCGACGUCAAAGAUGAGUCAUCCUCACACAAUGGUUCAACUUCCAAUCAGGCAAGUAUUCUAUCUUGACUAGAAUAAAUAAGUUAUGCAGUUUAGAUUGUUAUUUUUUCAUCAAAUUAUAAUUAAAACUUGUUUCUGAAUGAAAACUUUUCUUCCAGUUUCGGCAGAAGAACAGUAUGAAAAUGCAAAAUUGUUGAAAUUUCUAUCAAUUAACCAGAGUAAUCUUUAGUAGGCCUAUAAUAAAAGAAAGAAUCGGCUCAUACAAGUAGGGAUAGAAAACAUGAAUGAUGCAUCAUCACGUCUGAACUACUGAUCUGAUUAACUUUAAAUUUUGCAUUUAGAUUCCUAAUUUACUUAGAUGGUUAUAGGCCUAUGUUCAGUUCUUCAAGAUUUCAGAACGUCAAGUUUUAAGUUUGUCGAGUGCUUCAAACACACAAUUACAGAGCACAGGUCACUAGCUUGUUAUUAUUAUUAGCGCAUGGCUUGAAUUGUGGGAAGUCACACAGGAAGACCAGCUUGUUUAAAAUAGAUAGAUAGAAUUGUAUUCCCAUCAAAUUCAAGGAUCAAAAUCAAUGUCUAUAUCGCAAUAUUGUCAAUAACAUCACAAUUGUAUGAAUAGAGAAGAAAGUCCAUACUUCAUUGUUAUACAAUAAGUUGUAAGUAUUUUGACUAGCGUUCUUAUAUGUUCUCUGUUCACACCCACCAAACUAGCAAUCAGUUUAUCUUAAUCUAGAGAGCAGAACUUGAUGGCUGCUAUUCCAACUUCAACUACCCCUCACUCACCCAGUGCACAGUAGUACCUCUUGCCAGUCCAGGUGUACUGCAGAGUGCAGACGAAUAUCUGUACAGUUAUAGCUCUUUGGCAAACCUUAACGUGAAUGGCUGGCCUUAGCUUGCAAUUCCAUAAUCAUUGAACAACAUUACAAUUUCUAUCAUUAAACUGUAAUAUUAUCGUGAUAUAACUCAAUACAGCAGUCAAAUUUAGUAGUUGCUAUUCCUUCACGACUAUGGCUCAACUCACACUUACGCGACUCAGGUCGAGAAGAGACUCGACUCUAGUCAAUAGCAUGUGUUUCCAAAUGGUGACACUCAGACUAGUCGAUUUUAGUCUCCGCGACGUCAUUAUUUGAAAACAAAUGAAUCAAUCAACAGUUACUUGAGUAAUUUGACAGGACAAGGCAACACUGAUUACUCACUAUGGAAGGCUUCUAAGAAAAUAAAAACACCCAUCCAACAAGUUCCCCCUAUUAGGAAACUGAAUAGACAAUGGGCCAAGAAUAAUGAAGAAAAGGCAC